ACCGAUUCCUGAUGUUUUCAGAAAGAAGAGAUACCAGAAUGGAUGAUCUGGAUCACAGCAUGCACAUUGCAGAAUCUGACUGGCUGAGCUUCUACAAGGAAAGUGAGGAGUGCAGUCUGCAGUAUCCUCUCGUCGCCUGCCCCGAUAACUCAAACCUCUGUGAUUCUGAUGAUUUAAGUUCAGUUUUCACAGGUCAGGAUGAGCAACAGAGGUGCACGGCUGGAAGCAGUGACGAGCAGCAAAGUGAAGCUGCGGGGUGCAGCUCAGGUGAUAUUGCAAAAAAUGACAACUGGCUCAAAAAUGGUGCAGCACAAGUGAGUUCUGAAAUAUACUUCAGUCUAGACAGAGACAUGUGCAACACAGGAGAGAUGCAAAUGAAAACUGCAGAACAGACAAACAUUUUUACAACCACACAGCAAGCUGAAGUAAACUUCUGUGCAGAAGAUGACGUGCAGAGGGACAGCGGCAUAGAGGAACCUAAGCUGUCUUCUUACAACCAAACACAACUGAACGUGCCUGAAUCACACGUGACAGACAGGCCUGUGGGAGAGAAAGUGAGCCAGGUGUAUUUAAGAACAGAGAAAGAGCGCUGGUUUGUGACUGUAAACGACAGUUAUGUACGACAGCGUGUGUACGCCACCUCUGUGAAAAAAAACCAAAGACAUAAUAAAUGCAGUAAGGGCAGUCGCACAUGCAGCAUGAGGCAGGAGUCCACACUUGGAGGACACGAUUAUGAUUUUGAAAACUAUCCAUCAGCUCCUGAAUCUGUUCAAGAGAUUCUUUGUCUUCCCAAGGACCAUUUUCCCAAAACACAACCCGAUUUCAAACUCCUGCCGCAGCAGUGCUCAUCUCUGAUGACAAACGGCAACGAUGUGUUUGGACGAACUGACAAUGUUGGCACCAACUAUAUGGAGACCGGAAAAACGCGAUCACAUGAGAACGCAGUCUGCAGCAAUGCAGCAGCUGCCAAUUGUGUAUCUUAUGAAAGCACUGGCAGCCUGGAAUGUGUUCAGCCUGCUGUGACAUUUGGCCAAAGAUUUCACAAAAUGCCAGAUGACAACAACGCACACAGCACAGUGUGCAACGUGCUCUCAGGUCCACCCAGACAACAAAAGCAGGAAUUCCUAAAAGGAUUGGACAUUUCAGAACCGGUGUUUUCCAUUUCUGCCUUUUGGGGUGAGAUGGAAAAAUUGACAAUAAAUAGUAUUUUACAGCUAAAAAUGGCCACAGAAUCAUCUCAGUGAGCCACGACAUGCACAGAAGCGGGAAGACCAGAUGUCAAUGAACAAAUUCUCCUUAUACCGAGGUGCGUCAUUCGCCUGACGGGAGUCUAAUGGACACAUCUGCACUCCUAACCAGGUUAUUUCACACAGCUAGAUGAAGCUAAACCAGAUCUUUCAAGCUAUGAAUUUUCCACCUUUUCAGAUUUUGAAGACGAAUAUUACCAGCCUAUAGGUAACAGCCAAAAUAAACCAAUGGACAUCAGCGUUUCCUUUCUCAAAGAAAGACUGAGAGAAUUCUGCAUACUUUGCAGACAGGGAGCCACUGGCCUGCUGAGCAAUGUUUAG